GGUGGUCGGGAGCGCGCGCCGCCCCGGGGCCCUGGGUGCGAAUCCUGCCGCUGCAGAGAGAGAGAGAGAGAGAGAGAUUCCUUUUCAGAAUCCUCUGCAGUCUGCAACGAGAGGCGAUCCAAGGCUGAUAGAUAACUCUCUCACCCAUUUUUUUUGCUUGCUUAGUGGUUUCUCCCGUGGGUAUUAUCAGUCUCAUUUGCUGCGAUGCAAGACCGAAGGAGCCUGUCUUUCCGCAGAGGGAUUUCGCCCCCGAUGCUAAACAUGGGCACGACUUGAAUUGCCAGCAAGAAGAGGGCAUCCUUUUUUUUUGCACCCCACGAAUGGAUGGCGACGACUGGGGACGCCUAAGGAUGAAGCAUAAGAAGCUGUGACAACCCUAAGCACUGAGCUGUGCCAUCUGACAUCAAGAAUGGCUGCUGACCUGGACCUGAUCCUCACCUUGGGAUUGCUCCUGCCAGCCUUGCACCUGGCCUUCCGGCUUCCUACCCCAGAGAGCCCCGCCUGGGACCUUCCUUUGAAUUCAGCUCAUGGAGUGCCUGUUCCCAAUAGCCCAUCUCAAGAGCCUCUCCUAAGUGUGCUGCCAGCUCAGCUCCCUUCCGAACCUCCAUCUCUUAAGACCUCCAGCGGAGAGGAGGAGCCAAGCGAUGAGAGCUGGAGAGGGGAUAUUCUUGCUCUCAUCCCUGGGACUCCUGUGCCCUUAGACGUUCCUGCAGUGUCCAGUUCUAGCUUUGGGAAACCACCUGAUACUUCUGGAGUAAGCUUAGCCCCCUAUCUUGAUGCACAGGAGCUUCCUGGAGUGGAUAACUUCACUCUGUCAAAAGUAGACUCUUCCAGUGUUCAAAGAGAACCUGAGAAUAUUGACUUCAUAACUGUGGAAUCAAGUCCAGAUGAAGAAGAGAAUGGUUCCUCUUUUACUAGUCCCGGCAUAGAAGCCACAAGUAUGGACAUCACUGUUCCAGCCUCCUUAUCUCCCUUGUCCACAAUACAGGCCUCAAAUACAACUGCCUCCAAGGAAGAGACUAAGCCUAGUCACCACCUGGAAGAUUUCUCCAUUACGACCACACUAAGCCCUGUGCCCACUGUGUCCACCAUCCCUUUGGUAUCAUCAUUACCCACUGGCAGUCCCCAUGUCAAAUGGCUGGCAACGGAGGGUACCAAUCUUUGGAGUGAUACUUCCAAGGGCCAAUUGGAAAGCAGGGUCCUAGAACAGGAACUGAAUGGGGGGAAACAAACUACAGUCAAAUACUUGGCUUCAUACAGGAGCACACAGGUCUAUGAUGGCACACAGGGACAAGACGACCUCUCGACCACUCCAACCGCUGGAUAUACCCAGAAUCCCCCUGGACCAUGGAGGGAAACCAUGCCUGUUGCAUCCACUCCCCACGGGCCACAGUUCACCAUGGCACUGGAUGGGAAGGGUCAACGCCCAGCCUCUCUCCCAGGAGGCUCCCAACUACCAGUCCCAGAGGAAAUAUCCCCAAGCCCUUCCACUCCUUCCCCAGCAGAAGUCAUGACAGGGACCAGCCAAGGACCAGUUUUCCGUCAAAGAAGCACCCACUGGAGUCUGAGUGUGGACACAACACAACCCCCUGGAUCUUGGAAUGUGUCAGAAAGGGAAAGGACUCACUCCCAUCGUAGCAGCUCUGUCACUCCAGGAACCAAGGAAGCAGUUGAUGUGGCAGAGCCUCAGCGUGUUCGGGGAGCUGUGAAUCCCAGGGCGCCGGUGACGUAUUUUGGAUCCUCUACUCCUGGACAGAGCAGCUCAGUGGCGAGGAAUGGCCCAGGAACCAGGCAGCCAGAUGCAGCCGAAACUCACCCUCCUGUGAAAAACACCACCAAAUCUGCUCGAAUCCAGGCUACUCCCCGCCGUGGCGUCAUCCGAGUAACCACCCAGCGGGUCCUGCAACACCCACAGCUAAGCAGGCCGGAGCCAAGCAUGCCAACCCUGCUGCCUAUCUCGAACCCCCCCUGCCCACGCCAAGGUGGUGCCUGCAGCCAGCUGUUGCCCAACCAGACCCUGCUACACUGGGGAGAUCUUGAGCGCACAUUGAGCUUUGCCUGGGUGCUGCAUGUCUAUGGCUCUGGAGCACUAUUCCUCCUGCUUAGCUUGCUGAGCUUGGCCUGUCUGGGAGGUUCCCUUGCUUUACGGGUGCCCCACCUCCGAUACGUCCUAGCGGCCAGCACUCUGCUGUUAUUGUUUGGGCUGUUGCGUGCCACGUUUUUUCUGGGCGAUCCUUAUGGCUCCCGUGGUUGGCUUCCCAUUCGGGCAGUGCGAGUCCUGUACACGGCACCUUUCCCCCUGCUGCUGACCACCUUCGCUGUGCUUCUGCUGCGCUUCUUCUGCCAGGCCCACUUAGAGAUCUUGCCCCCAAAGUGGCAAAGCCUGCCUGUGUUGGUUGUCAUGGGGCUCAUCCAGAGUGCUGUUCUCUUGGCGGCCGACUUAUUUUCACCUCCUCUGCACGCGGCUGUGCCAGUAGGACUGCACACACUUUCCUGCAUAGCUGGCAUCUGCCUCCUGCCAGCCACUGUGUUUGUGUACCGGCAGCUACAGCACACCGUGGCAGUCGAGGGCACUCCUCAACCAGGCGUAUGGAGUGCGGCAUGGGUUCUGCUGGCAUGCAGUGGGCUGGCGCUGCCAUGCUGUGGACUACAAUUCUAUGGUGUGCUGUGGCAGGCAGAGCUCUUGGGCCAGCUGGACCUUUUCUCCUGGGGCUGGUGGUUUGUGCAGUUCUGGUUCCGGAUUGGGGAGUUGGUGCUCUCGUUUGCCCUAGUUUUCCUAGCCUGGCAGGCUCUUUGUCAGCGUUACGGAUCUACCGAACACUCCUGCUGGGCCAAGCUCAUGCGCUACUUCUGUACCUACCACAAGGCUGAGGUGCCAGAGUAUCCUAACAAUUGUUACGACUGGACUGGCGGUGUCCUGGAGAAAGUGCCCAACAAUGACAUCAGCAAGAACCUGAUCCGAAAUCCCCCCAGCAGCGGGCGCGUGUGGGCACUCAAGGACAGCAAUGAGUUACGGGCUGCCACUAGGCAGGGUUCCAGCCCAUCCCCGGUGCACCCCGUCUACAGCCCCAAAUGCCCCAAUGCUGCUGCCGCUACCAUGGGCCGCUCCUACACCAGCAUCUGCUUUGAGAGGGAUUCCAUUCUUUCCUUGGCAGAACUUGAAUUCCGGCCUCCCUCUCCCAUCAACCUCAGCCGUAGCAUUGACGAAGCACUUUUCCGUGAGCAUUUGGUUCGUGACUCCAUCUUCCUGCGGUCAAGUCUCCAUUUCCCCUCCCGCUUGGCACGCCAAGACUCUUGCUCUUCGCUACGCGGUGACUGUUCAACGUCCCACACUGCACAGCCUCUGCUUGCCCGGCCACGCCGCAGCAGUGACCCAGACUGCCUAUAUAGUUUAGCCCGAGCCAGCUCAAUGGGGGAGCUCACCACGCACAGCCGGGGCCUGGUCAGCGAGCCGCCGACAGACACUUCCUUCGACAGCUUCUCCCGCACCUCCUUUUCCCGUGCCUCUCUCAAAAUCAGUUGGAACCCCUGGCGCCACGGCAUGUCCUCACCUGAGAGCCUGCCCCCUGAAGAGCUCCCCAGCCAGGCCCAGCUGCUGCCAGAUGACGUCCCCCCUGCUCCAUCUGACAGUGCCCCCAACUCCGAACGGGAGGCCCGGAGGAGCUUUUUGGCCUUGAGCAAGCAGGUGGAUUCCCGUAGCCUCUCAAGUGAAACCAUUGAAUUGUGAGUCUGGGCAGCGGCUUUCGCCAACCUAUGCCCCCUUGGCGACGACAGCCUGCUUGCCACCGAAGGAGAAGGAGUGGAAUGACAGCCAUGGAGCUGGUUUGUUUCCAAGAGCAUGGGCCAGGGAGAAUCCAAUUUCCUUUUGAAAAGCCAUGGGACCUCUGCUCCCCAACCAUGCCUAGCACCAGUCAUUCACAUAAUGGUCCUAAAUAUGGUUCUGGGUCCUUCCUGUAGUGUCAGCCACAUUAGUGACUAAUACCAGCCAUCUGCACCAUGUCCAUCUACAUACCUGGCAGUACCCAGUUGCCAGCUUCUCUCAAGUUCUGUAGUGCCAGCAAUAGAGAGAUCUCCUGAGCUGUGUUUCCAGUUUUUCUAUCCCAGAAUGAACUAUUAGGUGUAACCAGAUACCUUCAUAUGCACCAGUGCUUCUUUCAGUCUAGACCAGUGUUUCUCAACCUUCCUAAUGCCACGACCCCUUAAUACAGUUCCUCAUGUUUUGGUGACUCGCAAACAUAAAAUUAUUUUUGUUGCUACUUCAUAAAUGUAAUUUUACUACUGUUAUGAAUCAUAAUGUGAAUAUUUGAUAGGCAAGAUAUAUUUUUAUUAACUGGACCAAAUUUGGCAGAAAUACCCAAUAUACCCAAAUUCAAAUACUGGUGGGGUGGGGAGGGGAUUGAUUUUGUCAUUUGGGAUUUGUAGUUCCUGGGGUUUAUAAUUCACCUACAAACUUGGCACACAGAACUCCCAUGACCAACAGAAAAUACUGGAAGAGUUUGGUGGGCAUUGACCUUGAGUUUAGGAGUUGUAGUUGUAGUUCACCUAUAUCUAGGACUCACUGUGGACUCAAACAAUGAUUGCUCAUUAUGCUCAAAUGUGAACACUGGUGGAGUUUCGGGAAAAUAGACCUUGACAUUUGGGUAGUUGUAGUUGCUGGGAUUUAUAGUUCACCUACAAUCAAAGAGCAUUCUGAACCUCACCAAUGAGAGAAUUGGGCCAAGUUUCCCACACAGAACCCCCAUGCCUUGAAGGGACUCACUGGUGCAAGCCUCCCUCCAGCCUCGCACACUCGCCUUCACCUGCACAUGCGCACCAUGCCGCCAGGCACCAAGCACGCCUGCUCUCCCCUCCCUGUUUGGAGUCUCAGAAACAGCCCUCCCCUUGGCUGAGAGCCCAGCCAAUCACAGCAGGAGGAGGGCUUUUUGUGGGAGGAUUUGCCUGUCUGUUUCCAAAAAGGAAGAGGAGGACAGGCAGAGAGAUCUUCAGCCUUCUCUGCCAAAGGGAUUCCUAAGACCAUCAGAAAUAUGUGUUCCCUGAUGGUCUUUGGAAACCCCUCUGAAAUCCCCUUGGGACCACUCCUCCAGGGGUCCCAACCCCCAAGUUGAGAAACGCUAGUCUAGACUCACUAUCUUGGGAUUGCAUUUAAUUAUGGUCAAAAUUUCCGGCUUAUUUUGGUUUUUCUUUCUUUGUUUGCUUCUCCAGGCCCAAUUAUCUGGUACCUGAUCAAGUCUAAAGCAGUCAAAAGCUGUGUUUUGGUUUCUCCUAAUAAAGACAAUGCCUAGUUGGGGGUUUAGCAAUAGGAAUACUGAUGAAGUCUCUUCCACUUGAAGCAUGGACUGCACAGAUGCGAUGUGAAGACCUGAGUUUGGAAUGGUCCUUUUUGGGGGGAUGACAACUCCCAAAAUCUCCCAUCAGCGUGGCCACUGCUGCCAAGGGGAUUCUGGGAGUUUUAGUAAAAAAAAAAAGGAAAGUUCUCCAAAACACAAGAGACAAGAUGAGAGAGGGCAUAAGCAUUCUUCACAACUGAGACAAUCAAGCCUGCAACCCAAACAGGCCCAACUGGUGUUUGUUGUUUGUGAUUACCCACAGCAUCCCAAAGAAAGAUGCUCUUGAAGAUACAUCCAGGAAGGGGCAGAGCAAGAGUUGACAGGAACGGCUACUUUACUGAACUCAGCAGCAGUCCUGCAAGGAAAUAUGGGAUGCUCAGUAGUUCUCUGGUAGAAUAUGUGCUUUGCAUGCAGCACGUUCCAUCCCUAUUAAAGAAAUAUAUUUUUGUACAGCAGGGCCGGAAAAAAAAACUUUCUGUAGAGCUAGCACCAGGCAAGAACGUCUAUUGGACUUGGACUUGAAUCGCGAUAAGAAAGCAUCUUGUAAUGAAUUUGUACAUACAGUUGCCCUUUGGGAUUGUGAAUUCCAGAAUCCCCAACUGAGGGAUUUCUGGGAGUUGCAGUCCAAAAGGGGCACUUUCCUAAGCACCGUCUCGUGCAGCUGUUGUUUACACUGUGAAUAACAGAGUUGAGGUUUCUAGUUCAAUUUCUAUAGUCCAAAUGGUAAUAUGUUUGCUCAGAUGCUUCAUUUUCCGUUAGUCUUUCCUAAAACCGGAAACAUAUUUCUAGCCUUGACGGUUGCAGUAGAAAAAGUGAUCCUUGUUGUCAGUUUCCUCCGUUAUCCAAGAGAGAGAUCCUUCCCAUUGGAUGAAAACACACACACACAAGCACGUUAUAUAUAUUUUGAGAUACUACAAUGGGGAAAGGUGUGAAAGCUCUCCACAGCCUUCUGUCUUCUUUCUGUCUUCCAUCUGUGUAAUCUAUAUGCCAUCUUGCUCCCCCUCCUUGUGUUAUGUUGUUUUUUUUACACAAAAAAAGAGUCUAAUGUGUUGUCGAAGGCUUUCAUGGUUGGGAUCACUGCGUUGCUGUGAGUUUUCCAGGCUGUAUAGCCAUGUUCCUGAAGCAUUCUCUCCUGACGUUUCGCCUGCAUCUAUGGCAGGCAUCCCCAGAGGUUGUGAGGUCUGUUGAACAGGAAACAGGAAACAACCAGGGCCAGCUAACACCUCCCAACAAAGGAUUCCCUCAGGCAGGAAGCAGCCAGCCAGGCUUUGAAGCUGCAAGGCUAUUCAAUUCUAAUCAAGCUGGCUAAUUGCAACAUUCACACUUGCCUCAAACAGACAAGAAUUAUUUAUCCCACCCUGGACAUUCCACAUAUAUAUAAACCCCACUUGCCUAGUUUCCAACAGACCUCACAACUUCUGAGGAUGCCUGCCAUAGAUAGGGGUGAAACAUCAGGAGAGAAUGCUUCUGGAACAUGGCCACACAGCUUGGAAACCUCACAGCAACCAAAAAAAAGUUUAAGUUUAAAACUUUACAAGAAUUUGGUCUUGUAUUGUGGGAUGGUGCUGGAGAGGGAGAACAGCAUCUUCAGGAAUGGGUUAAAAAGGCAGAUUUUCAGCCUGAGUCUCCUUGCAGUAGCACAAAUUGUACUUGAUAUUGUGUCUGUCUCCUUCUGUGGCAUGGCAGAAAAGGGAAGGAUCUGCCUAGACCGCUGGUUGGAUGGACCUACUGUUGAAUGUGAUGCAGUCUGUUUGUGCCAAAAGAAUAAAUAAGUAUCUAUAAGAGAAUGUCA